AUCGACCCGAGGAAGGAAGGUUUGCAUCACGAUCUCCAAUUCUCCCCCCACGACGUUCACUCUUGUCUCCACUCUUCACCAUGUCUAUGCGGUUGACGAAAACUUUUGCCGGUGCGGCUCGUCUGCGGCCCUCCGUUGCGGCCCUCCCCAAAUUGUCGGCUGUCACCCUCACUGCCCGCCACCAGUCGAGCGUCCCGACCCCCACCCCGGACCCCAAGACCAAGGCGCAGUCCAUCAUUGAUGCCCUUCCCGGCAGCUCCCUCAUCUCCAAGACCGCUAUCCUCUCAUCUGCCGCCGGUCUGUCGAUUGCAGCUAUCUCCAACGAACUCUACGUCGUGAACGAGGAGACCGUCGUCGCUUUCUGUCUGCUCUCCAUCUUCACCGCCAUCGGAAAGUAUGGUGGCCCCAUGUACACUGAAUGGGCCACCAGCCAGGUCACCAAGAUCAGGGACAUCUUGAACUCUGCUCGUGCCGACCACACCCGUGCCGUCGAGGAGCGCAUCGAGUCCGUCAAGCAGAUGGGCAGCGUCGUCGAUGUCACCAAGGCCCUUUUCGAGGUGUCCAAGGAGACCGCCAAGUUGGAGGCCGAGGCCUACGAGCUUGAGCAGCAGACUCAGUUUGUUCAGGAGGCCAAAUCUGUCCUUGACUCAUGGGUCAGGUACGAGGCUCAGGUCAAGCAGCGCCAGCAGAAGGACUUGGCCGAGACUCUGAUCGCCAAGGUCAGGAAGGAGUUGGAGAACCCCAAGGUUCUGGCUCAGAUCCUGCAGCAGAGCGUUGCCGACGUCGAGAGAAUUGUCUCAUCCAAGGCCCAGUAAAUAGACAACGUUGUAGGGGAGUGGGACAUAGACUGAAGGCGUGUUUGUUUAGUAGCUUUGAACAAUUCAGUGCGGUACAAUAGUUUCCUUUUACUGGAUCUUGAAUCCUACAAAAAUGAAGGCUUUGAGAGAGAGAAAAAAGAACAUCAAUUUAUUGUCGUAUGGGGCUUUUAUGGGCGAUAUUCAUCAUCUCAAUCCGUACUUCGUACGUGUUGAUUGAUUAUGAGCGGGGUGAUUCGGCA